AUCUAGGACUUUACUCAACAGAUGAUUUACACGAGGUGAAGUAGAUCAAGGUCUGCUUCACUUUCUGUUCUGAUAUGUUGAGUCAACGAAAUUGGAUUGAAGAGCUGAAAUCAACAAUAUGAAUAAAAACAAUGCACAAAGACAGUCAAUGCCCUGCUGAUUAUAGAUCAGCAGGGCAAGUACUUUGUCCCCUAUGCAUGGACAUGUUUAACUGCCACAGAGUUAAACUGCUAUGUUGUGCAGGUUCUCUGUCAAUUCCAUAUGUUGCACAGCUGGACUGUAGUAGUAGUAGUGCUGAUGAGGACUAAUCAGAUGAAGGUUUUACCAGCAAUAUUCGCCUUAUCUGUAGUGUCACCAUGAGCUUGUUGAAAAGUACAGACACCUUGGAGAAGGUGGAAGCUAACAGCUGGUUAGUCCAACAUUGUUUUAGCUGACUUUUUAGUCUUUUAGAAUGACUGUUCAUUUCCAUAUCAACGGGACAUAACAUCCAAUGUGGAGAUCCACUAUCUGAACCUGCUAGCUUUGGCUGUAUGUCUGCCAGAUCAGCUGUGACUAAGCAACCCACUGUCUCUGUCAAGGACUGAGUAAACUUAGAUUUCAGGCUGUCGGUUUUUCACAGGGUGAUUGCUAAAAUGCUGCUUCACUCACACCUUCAGCGUGCAUUACUUAGGCACGCUGAACACCAUAGCUUAAAGAAGCCAACCAAACCACAUCAUUGGUAAAAAGUAGGGUUAGACCCUGAGGUUCCACACUACCUUGAGCUUGUUGAUGCAGAACAGUAAUAUGACUGGGAACAUAGGUGUCCAAUCUUCACCGGUGAAGAGUUUGACACAGCAUCAGGAAUCUGGUCCUAAAAGAUCUCACUGGUACCUCAAGUGGCACGGUCCUGUGCUUUCUCUGACGCCACAAAACACCUGUUGACCAUAUAGCUAAAGUUCCCUCAACUCUGAGGGUAAAGAUCUGGUCCACUGUUGUGUGGCUGAGACAAAAGCUGUAUUACUUCUGAAUUUAGCGUAUGGCAAUGAGUUUAAAUCUCCUCUUCAACCCCUACAAGAAGUUUUUCCAUAGAGGCAGAGAAGUGUGAUCCCUUGGUAGUUGGAACACCCUCACCAAUCUCCUUUCAAAAAAAAAAAGAGCACAGAUUAAGUUCUGUUCAUUUUCCAUCAGUUCAUUGCACUUCUUCCAUGUCCCAGUUGGAAACCUAUCAUUGUAGUAAAAAUGUAUCCUAUCAUUUAUGUUGAUGUUGUCCAGUGCUAAUGGUCCAAUGGGAAUUGCAAUGGUUUCUUUUAUCAGGAUCAUUGUCCCUGUCUUGAUAUCCAAGAGAGAUUGGGUUAUGCAGUACCAUCUAUUCAUUGUUCUAUCAGAUUCUCUUCCAAUGGAAAAUAUUCCAGCUUUUCCUCCUCAUUAUUGGAAGCUUUAGCGCUCAUAUCUGUUAAUGGUUCUGUAAUUAGUUCCCUCUCUGUAUAAAGGCUUUGCUUUUGUUUUCCAUCACAUGAUUUACUGUCAUUUCUUUCACAUUCCGUGUAAGUGAAUCUAAUUUGUGUUCCUGGUAAUUCAGUUAGUGGGGGGGGGCAUGUGAUUGGUGCUGCUAUGGGUUCUCAUUCUUCUACAGAUGAAUGUGUGCCACCAGGCUGUUCUGGAGUAAAUCUGUACUGUCCUGAGACUUCAUGCUUAAAAUACCAGAAAAAAGAGCUAAUAAUGUUCCUUGAGUGAUUUGGUCUAGUUGCGUUCCAGUUGGGAUGUUGAACUUCUUGUUGAUAGUGACGGUUAGCUGCUAGCUAUGUUGUGCAGGUUCUGUGUCAGUUCCAGAUGUUGCACAGCUGGACUGAAUAUGAUAGAUUGCUUCAGAAUAGUAAAACUAUUUGGGUGCAAAAGUCAGAGAGUUCAUUGAGUCAUAGGAGUUCAGAUUUAUCAGGCCUGUUGCCUUUCUGCCAUGUAUCCUGACGUUCCAGUUGACUGAGCUUCUCAUUGCACUGCCUACUUGGCCUGGUUUGUGUGUGUGCCUGUUUGAGGGAGAAUAAGACCAUUCUUGAGGGUGAGUCAUUGCUCUGUGUCAUGAUGACUGUGUGCUGUCACUCGGCACCGCUCAGAGGAGAAAGACCGUGGGAUGACUAAAGGUCCAACGGAGAGGACGGGUGGCGACAGUCAGUUGUUCCGUGGAGAUCCUUCAGACUGACUGGAACUGAGUCCAUGUAGGAUGUAGGUGGUUUUGUCCAAUGGGCAGCAGCAGUAGCAGGUUGUUUGGGUCGAUGGCCCAGGCAUUGAGCAGUUCCUCUCUGGCCCAGCCCAACCCGGACCCGGAUCAGGACCAGGACAUAGUGGAGGUGGAGCCGGAGCAGUUGCUGAGAGAGUGUGAGGAGGCGCUGCGGCGGCGCCCGGCCCGGCCUCAGCGGGACCUGGUCCGACCCAAGCUGCUGGCGCUCUGCAGCCACCAGCAUAACCCGUCCAUACGGGUCCUGCAGUGGAACAUCCUGGCCCAAGCUCUCGGUGAGGGGAAGGACAGCUUCAUCCGCUGCCCCCUAGAGGCUCUCAGCUGGCAUGAGAGGAAGUACCAGAUCCUGGAGGAGAUCCUCACCUACCGACCCGACAUCGUGUGUCUGCAGGAAGUCGACCACUACUAUGACACUUUCCAGCCCGUUAUGGCAAGCCUCGGUUACCAUGGCAACUUCCUACCCAAACCCUGGUCUCCCUGUCUGGAUGUGGAGCACAACAAUGGCCCUGACGGCUGUGCGUUGUUCUACCGCCGCUCGCGCUUCCACCUGCACUCCACAGCCCACCUGCGGCUGUCGGCCAUGAUGCUGCCCACCAACCAGGUGGCCAUCGCCCAGACGCUGCGGUGCCUGGCCACGGGCCGGCAGCUGUGUGUGGUCGUCACACACUUGAAGGCCCGCAGCGGCUGGGAGAGGCUGCGGAGCGCGCAAGGUGCCGACCUGCUGCAGAGCCUGCAGGGCAUCACGGCCCCUGGCUCGGGGGCUGGGCCAGGGCAAGUCCCUCUGGUUGUGUGUGGGGACUUCAACGCCGAGCCUUCAGAGGAUGUCUACAGGCGCUUUAGCUCCUCCCCUCUGGGCCUGAGCUCCGCCUACAAGCUACUGAGCGGUGACGGGCAGACAGAGCCGGCGUACACCAGCUGGAAGAUCCGCCCAUCUGGAGAGAGCUGCAGCACUCUGGACUACAUCUGGUACAGCGAGCGUGCCCUGAGGGUGGAGGCACUGCUGGACAUCCCCACAGAGCAGCAGAUCGGACCCGAUCGCCUGCCCUCAUACCACUACCCCUCAGACCACCUGGCCCUGCUCUGUGACAUCAGCUUCAGGGAGGAGCCUCACAGGCUGUUGUAGGCAGCCAAUCACAGCUCCAGCUGAAACCAAGACGGCCACAUCAGAGGAACCUGACCUUUGACCUGAUGCUGAGCUUGUCUUAAACCUUCCUGUUUGUGUGAAGCUGGCUGCUGUGGAAUCCCUUCUGCUGGAACUCUGAUGGUGAGACUGAACAGCCUGGUGGGGGAGGAGGGGGUGAGGAGUGGGAGGCUCUUGGGUUUUCUGGCUCUAUGAGGACCUGAGGGUUUCAUUUCCUGACAUUUGAUCACUGCAGUUAUUUAUAAACAGCCUGACUGUCUUAAAUUAUUCCUUGCACUCUGUAAGGUUCUGGGUAGUGAUGUGGGUGGGCACGGGGGGGAGUGGUCUUGUUGUCAUGACGACAACAACACUUCAUGAUUACUAAUAAAGUGAUUGUUUUUACUCUGAA